CAUUUCUGGGUUUGGUUUAUUCGCUGGCGACAGCCUGUUUCCAACAAAGCUCCCUUCCCUCUACCCCCAUUUUCCUUCACUCCUCUUCUCUCUUUUUCCUCUCUUCCUAGGGUUUCUUCUCUCCCGAUUCUCUCUGGCCACAAUAAGAUUCGGAAACUGACCUCUCCAGAUCAAGAUUCUCUGUAUUGGUUUGUUUUUAACAUAAAUGCACUGCUGCACCUAACGGUGUGGCCUAGUGGUCAAUGAAGUGGAUGAGAAUCGUGAGGUCUCUCGUUCAAAUCCCAGCGGAGACAAAAAAAACAAAACUCUAGGUGAUUUCUUCCCCAGAGUUGUCCCGUGGAAUUAGUCGAGUUGCGCGAAAGCUAGCCUGGAUGCCAUGUUUUUUUUUUUUUUGAAAAAAGUAUGUAAAUGCGCUGUUUCUACUAUAUAUAUGUGUAGAUUGUGAUCAAUUUGUGUAUUGUUGUUGUGUAUAGGGAAAUUACAUUGAACAUUGGUAGAGUUGAUUGUUGAAGAGUUCAUUGGUAGAUCAGAUCUCGAGGGUGUUUAUAUAUGGUAGUUUUGAGGUUGAGAGGAGUUAACAAGGGUAAAUCUGUAAUUUCAUUGGUUUUGAGGAGGAGGAGUGAAAGUGGUGGUUUAUGUGGUGGUAGAGGAGGGGUUUCGGGUCUCCAUGCUGUCAGAGGAGAGCAUGCGUGCAAUUUGUGGUUUGGGUAAUGCCCUAUUCGAGAUUAGCUGUUGAUGCACUAGGUGUACUUACUAUUAUUCUUGUUUCACUGUUGGUACUUGCUGGAUUGUUUUGCAUUUUGUUCUUGAUCUAUUUCCGUACCAAGAUUCGCGGCGGCGGGCAAGGUUACAUUCAGCUUGGCUAUUUUCAUGGUCCUUGGGUUAUUCGUAUUACGUUUAUAUUGUUUGCAAUCUGGUGGGGAUUUGGAGAGAUUGUUCGGUUGAACUUUAUUAGAGGUGACGGGAGAUUGUUGAAUGCUUUUAGCUUCACAUGGCAGGAAACUGUUUGCAAGUGUUACAUUGUUUCGAGCUUAGGUUUUGCAGAACCUUGCCUGUACCUCACGGUUGUGUUUCUCCUACGGGCGUCGUUGCAGAAGUCGGGAGCUUUAAGCCAGAAAUGGAAUGGCAAGACAGUCGGAUACAUAUUUCUCUUUUGCCUCCCCUUUUUUGCUCUACAGCUCAUACUUAUUUUGGCUGGACAGCAAUUUAAGAAGAGACACCACUUGCCACAUUAUUUCACUAGUCCAGUCGAGCGAUCUAAAGAUGAUGAUGAUGUUGCCCUGUGCACUUACCCUUUGUUGAGUAUUUUCUGCCUUGGUCUUUUUGCCAUCAUGCUAACUUCUUAUUUAUUUUGGCUUGGUGGAAGUAUCCUGCAUUUGGUUAUCAAUAGGAGUCUGCGAAAGAGAGUAUACUUUCUAGUGAUAUCAAUUUCUGCUUUCUUUCCUCUAAGGGUUCUAUCGCUCGGUUUAACUGUUAAAACUCGGCCAGAACAUUUACCUUUUCAAGCUCUUGCAUUUGUGGGUUUUGUUUCCUUCCUUGUUUGUAUUUCGAUGGGCUUGUUCAUGUUCAUUAUCAUGCCCUUGUGGGAUUGUUUAGAACUGAAGAAGAGCUCAGAGAGGGAUAUAGAGGCUAGGAGAAGGUUAAGUGAUGAACAAAAUGAUACUGUUUCUCUAAUUGCUAACCAAAGCACCCUUGGAGGAAGUAUGGUGAGCAGUCCUGGGAGAAAUUCAGCUGCCUCAACAAAGAGAGGAUCUAUUUCCUUUCGUACAACGGACAAGGAUGGACCCUCAGGGGUGGCCUUUGUGGAACUAAGUGUAUUCUCUCCUAGUCAGCACUCAACACCUCCUGGCUCACCUCAACUUCUUGGCUGGCCUAUGCUUCCACCAUCACAAGCUCAAGGUCCCUUAUAGUUUCUUUGGGCUGUAUCUUUCUUGUAAUUCCUAUUACUUUCAUGAUGGUGGUAGAAGAUAUCUGAAAGGCCACUUUUUUGGGUUUUAAA